AUGUCCCCCGGAACCCCAACUCCCACGCAGGAUACGUUUGUGCCUCUUGAUCAGGUGAAUAAACCUCCGGAGGGAGUAGUUCUUCCUCCCAAAGAUCUCCGUGCCAUCGUCGAAAAAACUGCGGGCUAUGUAGCGCGUAAUGGACAAGUGUUUGAACAGCGAAUCCGCGAAAAGGAGAAGCAUAACCCCAAAUUUUCGUUUUUGAACUCGGCGGAUCCCUAUUACCAAUUCUAUAUAUGGCGGCUUGAAGAAAUCCGAGCUGGCCGUGGAACUGCGCUGGCCGCCGGGCGGGCUGGACCGGCCGAUAAUGUGCCAGCAGAGGCUGAGAAGCCCAAAGGCCCAAAGGAACCCCCGGAGUUCCGAUUUUCAGCGAGAAUGCCAAAUAUCUCUGCGCAAGACCUUGACAUUUUACGGCUCACCGCCUUGUUUGUCGCAAAAAACGGACGUUCCUUUCUCACAACACUCUCUCAACGUGAAGCUCGAAACUUCCAGUUUGAUUUCUUGCGCCCUAACCAUUCCUUUUACCAGUACUUCUCCAGAUUGGUGGAUCAAUAUACCGACUUACUGUCGCCAGGUGGGGGGGUCAGCGUUGAAGAACUAGAAAAGAAUGUGAGGAAUAGGUUUGAUUUAUUGGACCGUUCUAGAGGAAGAGCCGAAUUGGCUUAUGCCCAAAUUGAUUGGCACGAUUUCGUUGUUGUCGAAACAGUCCUUUUCACUGAUGCCGACGACCAAGCGGAACUGCCCCCUCCAACAUCUCUCUCGGACCUGCAGCAUGCUUCACUCGAACAGAAAGCAAUGAUGUCGCUUCAUCCGACUACGCUUCGUAUCGAGGAGGCUAUGCCCACUUCUGACCCGGAACCCGUUGAAACCCCAUGGCAAAUGCAUAUGCGGCAGCAGGAAGAAAAUGGCGCGAUGGAUAUGGAAAUGGAGGCUUCAGACGACGACGAGGAUGAAAGGCAAAAGGAACAGUCGAGGAAACGGCAAGCCCAGGAGGCGGCAAAGGCCGGGCCCGGUCAAGGCCAAAUGAAGAUUAGGAGUGACUAUGUACCUCGGGCUCUGGCAAAGAGACAGCAAGGUUCGAUGGGCAUUUGCCCGAACUGUAAACAGAGUAUUGCAUUGGAUGAGAUGGAGGAGCACAUGAGAAUCGAGCUCCUUGAUCCGCGCUGGAAGGAGCAGCGCGCUCGUGCAGAUUCUAAGCAGGCAACCACUAAUCUAUCUACCAACGACACCGUUAUGAACCUGAAGCGUCUUGCAUCUCAACGAGACGAUCUAUUCGAUUCAAACUCCGGAAGACCUGUGUCUGCGGAAGAAUUAGAACGUAGAAAGAGAGUAGCAACUGGCGGUUGGGAUGGGUCCGCGGAAACGAAGGAGGCUGCUAGAAUGCAGCAGUUGCAGAAUGUCAAUGUUCAGGAGCAAAUCGAUGCAAUCAGAAGGAAGGCUGGAGCGGUUAGCAAUCCGGGGGUUGGGCCGCAGAGGCAGUAACUUAGUUCCUUGGUUCGUUUCGUCCCUAAGGAGGUUUCAAUGUAUCUUUUAAUAGACUCAUGUGGUGGAAUGGUUUGAUAACCUUUUUCUCUACGGCACAUGUAUGAAAGGGUUGUUUGAUUGAGUUCGUCGCUAUGGUUGAAGUGAGCGUUGCUCGGGCGUUGUUAUUCGUUAAUAAACUAUAGGCAUUGGUGACCCACGA